GCUGACAAUGAGUGGAGAAAUAUGGUGCUUUAUCUGCUUGCUAUGUGGAGUGCUGGAAUCAAGAGCUGAUGACUUUGAGGGUUCCGGAGCUACUGAAAUUUAUCCAGAUACCACUGCAGGGGAUGAGGAAUAUGGUCUUAUCACGGGCAAUCUCAGUCUGUGCGGCAAUGUGGCGGACAAUGUGUUUUUGCCCUUUGUGGGUGACUGCAACAGGUACUACCUCUGUCGUUCUGGCCAGGCCAUAGAACUGCAGUGCGAAUGGCCGUACCAAUUCAAUGCCAACACCCAGAGUUGUGUGAACUUCGGGCAGGCUGAAUGUUUGCCUACCUGCGAAUCCUAUACUUUCAGCACCUUUAGCUAUCAGAGGACCUGCACCAAGUACGUCCUCUGCUACUACGGACAUCCAGUUUUAAGGGAAUGCCAGGACGGCCUUCAAUACAACUCCCAAACAGAUCGCUGUGACUUCGCUCAGAACGUGGACUGCGUGGAGUCCGAGUGCUCCAUCUACUACAAUGCCUAUCACCUGCGCUAUGUGCCGAGUAAAGUGUCCUGCGAGAAGUAUUUCCUUUGCGGCAACGGUGUUCCCAGGGAGCAGACCUGUGCUCCAGGUCUGUACUUCAGCACCAAGUGCGAUUGCUGCGACAUUCCUUCGAAAUCGGGCUGUCAGAUCCCUUCUGAACAGAGAAAGGUUCGGCAGUUCUCUCGUCUAUCACCCAGAACCACUGAAGGAAUCUGUCCUCCCUCCGGCGUCCACUUCUAUGCCCACAAGUCUCGCCAGGAUUCCUAUUACUAUUGCGUGGAUGGGCAUGGUCUGGUACUGGACUGUACGGCUGGUCUUUGGUACGAUCCUAAGAUACAAGAGUGCCGCGAGCCACAAAAUGAUCUAAGCGCCUACGAACUGUGGUUCCCGGCACUCCCCUCGCUGGGCAUCGAAGACCAGACCAGGUGUGCAGUCCAAGGUGACUCCCUGGCCGUUCAGGCAAUAGUAGUAGGCAUCCUGGCGCUUCUGGUGGGCAAUAAAGUUGUCCACACAGUCUACGUACUGGGGAUAGUCACAGCGAUCGGUCAGGGCAUUGUACUGGAGUCCAUCGGAGCACUGGCGGAUCACGGGAGUGCCGUCGAAGCAGAGGACGUAUUUGGUGCACUGAAGUGGCUAAUAAAUUGGCGUCUGCUGUUGGUCGUUUUGAUGGUUCUUGGGAGUCGGGCCGACGAGGACCUUGUGGAGGCGCCAGGUCCUGAAGGUGUUCCUCAGGAUGAUGAUGAAGUGGUCCAGCAAGAGGAGGCUGAAUACGAUAUGUACAGCAACACCCAGAUUAAUGUCUGCAACAACGUGGCAGAUGGCGUCUUCCUGCCCUAUGUGGGAAACUGCUCUAUGUACAUCGAGUGUGAAAAUAACACCAUUAAGGAAGUAGGCAGCUGUUUGGAGUUGGAGGGUGCCUCGAAGAUGUGUGACAAUCCUCCGUGUGAUCUCGCCUACGACCCGGUCCUCCAGUUGUGCACCUACGCAGACAAGGUGCAGUGCCUGCCCUCCUGCGAGUCCUUCCAAUUGAGCAGCUUCUGCUACGACAACACCUGCACGAAGUACGUGCUCUGCUACUACGGAAAACCCGUUCUACGGCAAUGCCAAGAUGGACUCCAGUACAACAACAGGACGGAUCGCUGCGACUUCCCCGAGUACGUGGACUGCGUGGCCAACGACUGCUCGGCCACAUUCCAGCCGGAGGACAUCAUCUACCUGGCCAGCAAGGCCUCCUGCAGCAAGUACUUCGUCUGCUCCGAUGGCUACCCCUGGGAGCAGGAGUGCGCCCCUGGCUUGGUCUUCAAUCCCACUUUGCGACUCUGCGACUUUGCCAAGAAUGUCAACUGCUCGAUCGAUGCCGCGGCCAGGAAUAUUAAGCCCUAUUCCCGAUCUCCGUUGCGCCGUGCCGACAUCAAGUGUCCUAAUGCAGGAGUUCAUUUCUAUCCGCACAAGUCCCGCCGCGAUGCAUAUUAUUAUUGCGUCGAUGGCAAUGGGCUCACCCUGGACUGCACUCCAGGUCUAUACUACGAUCCCAAGAUGGAGGAGUGCCGCAGACCGGAAUAUAUUGGUGCCUAAAGUUUAU